UCGAAUGGCCGGGGGGAGGGGUGUCGCUAGCGUUUCCGGGAUUGACACUGGCGCCGGCGAGCGAAAUCGUGGACCACGGCGGCCCAUGGUCAUGCUCUAGAGAGAGAGAGAGAGAGGAGAGAGGAGAGUCAUUAUUAGCUCUUUAAAAUACUGGUAGUGUGAUACUAGUAGCAACCAGGACACAGUCAAGAGAGAGAGAGAGAGAGAGAGAGAGAGUCGGAGAGGGGGGAAGUAGUAUAAAUUUUGGGCAGGUGUGGCUUCCCCAUUCGGUGGUGGCCUGGCCUCACAAGUCACAGCCAUACACACAAAGCAGGCGAGCCAAGCGGGGGAGGGGAGAAGAAGGCUAGCUAGUAGUAGCAGCAGCAGCUUAGGCUAGUCCGUAGCUGCCGCUGCCGCUCGCUCCUCCGAUAUUCUUGGCUAGGCUCCAGCUCCAUCCGCUCGCGAGCUCAGAGCCGAGCCAGCAGCUAGCCGCGCCGUGCGAGCGAAGCAACCGGCCGGGCCGCGCGCGGCGAGAUCGCGGGCGAUCGUCAGGCGAGCUCGGCACCGAUCGCCGUGGCGCGCCGGCGAGCUGCUAGCAGCGACGGCGAUGGAGGAGCAGCUGAGCCCGGUGGCGGUGACGCACCUGCUGCAGCACACGCUGCGGAGCCUCUGCACCGGCGACUCGCCGCAGUGGGUCUACGCCGUCUUCUGGCGCAUCCUGCCCCGGAACUACCCGCCCCCCAAAUGGGAUCUCCCUGGCGCGGCGUACGACCGGACCCGAGGCAACAGGAGGAACUGGAUCCUGGCGUGGGAGGACGGGUUCUGCAACUUCGCGGCGGCGGCGGCCGCCCCUGCCGCGUGCGGCCAGGAAGGGGUGGCGGUUGCGUACGCCGGGGACUGCGAGGCAGCAGCUGCUGCCGCGCAGGAUGCGGCGCACCAGCAGCAGCCGCAGCCGCAGGGCCUGCAGCCUGAGCUCUUCUUCAAGAUGUCCCAUGACAUCUACAACUACGGCGAAGGGCUGAUAGGGAAAGUGGCGGCAGACCACAGCCACAAGUGGGUGUUCAAGGAGCCCCAGGAGCACGAGAUCAACCUCAUCUCCUCCUGGAGCAACCCUGCCGACUCUCAUCCGAGGACGUGGGAGGCGCAGUUCCAGUCCGGAAUCCAGACCAUCGCGCUGAUCGCUGUCAGGGAGGGCGUCGUGCAGCUCGGCUCCAUGAAAAAGGUGGCGGAGGACCUGAGCUACGUCGUGAUGCUGCGCCGCAAGUUCGGGUACCUGGAGAGCAUCCCGGGGGUGCUGCUGCCGCACCCGUCGACCGCCGGCGUGUUCCCGGGCGGCGGGUGCGUGGGGCCGCCACCGGUCGACAUCGCCUCCGCGGGGUGGCCGGGCCUGAUGCCGCCGCCCGCGGGCCCAUCGCUGGAGCUCUACGACCCCUACGGCGCCGCGGUGGCCGCCGCCGGGCCGGCCGCGGCCGCCGCGGCGUCCAUGCACAUCAUGCCGUCGAUGAGCAGCCUCGAGGCUCUGCUCUCCAAGCUGCCCUCCGUCGUGCCGGCCCCGCAGGCGCAGCCGCCGGCCGGCGGCCCCGUGCCCGGCGUGGCGCCGCCGGCCAACAAGGAGGAGGAGGAGGAGGAGCCGGACGACUACGCGCGGUGCCACGGCAUGGAUGUGGCGAGCAACGGCGCCAACGGCGGCGAGAGCACUAGCACGAGCGCCGCCACCGCCGCCGGCGCCGUUAACGCCCCGAUGCCGUCCUACUUCGUCAACGUGGGCAGCAGUAGUAACCCCGGCGAGGGGUUUUAGCUCGAGCUACGGAGCUAGGCCCUGGCUCACCCCUCUCAACCGCGCGCUCGCUCGCGUCUGUCUGUAGGCAACGGCGAUGGAGUGAUGGUUGUGCUAAUCUUCUCCCUCGUCUAGUGCUAAAUCAGUCAACCAUGUCAUUAAUCGUUAAUUACCACUAUAUGCUAAUACCACCAGUUGACCCAA